AUGGACGGAAGAGGAAACGACACACCAGCGAUCGGCAUCGACCUCGGAACAACCUACUCAUGUGUCGCAGUUUGGAAGCAUGGUCAUAUCCAAAUCAUUCCCAAUGAUCAAGGCAACAGAACCACACCCUCUUGUGUUUCUUUCGUUAAUGGAGAACGUCUCAUUGGCGAUGGCGCCAAGAACCAAGUGGCCAUGAACCCGGCUAACACCAUAUUUGAUGCUAAGAGGUUGAUUGGAAGGAGAUUCAGUGAUUCCAAAGUGCAGGAUGACAUUAAAUUGUGGCCUUUUAGGGUCAUACAAGGGCCUGCCGACACACCAAAAAUUGUUGUCUCCUACAAAGGUCAUGAGAAGGAAUUUUUGGCUGAAGAAAUUUCAUCUAUGAUUCUCGGCAAGAUGAAGGAAACUGCUGAGGCAUACCUUGGAAAACCCGUGAAAGAUGCUGUGAUAACGGUUCCAGCUUACUUUAAUGAUUCACAACGACAAGCAACAAAGGAUGCUGGUGCUAUUGCUGGACUUAAUGUCAUGCGAAUCAUCAAUGAGCCAACAGGGGCUGCAAUUGCUUAUGGUUUAGACAAUAAGUCGGAUAUUACUUCCAAGAUCAAUGUGCUUGUCUUUGAUUUGGGUGGUGGCACUUUUGAUGUCUCUCUAUUGACAAUGGAGGAAGGUGGUGGUACUCUUCAGGUGAAAGCCGUUGCAGGUGACACUCAUUUGGGAGGUGAAGAUUUUGAUAGUCGUAUGGUGGAUCACUUUGUAGGGGUCAUACAGGAUCCUGUCGACACACCAAAGAUUGUUGUCUCCUACAAAGGUCAAGAGAAGGAGUUUUUGGCUGAAGAAAUUUCAUCCAUGAUUCUUGGGAAGAUGAAAGCAACUGCUGAGUCAUACCUUGGAAAAGUUGUGAAAGAUGCUGUGAUAACUGUCCCAGCUUACUUUAACGAUUCGCAACGUCAAGCAACAAAGGAUGCUGGAGCUAUUGCUGGACUUAAUGUCAUUCGUAUGAUCAAUGAGCCUACAGCAGCUGCAAUUGCUUAUGGUCUUGACAAUAAGUCAGAUAUCACUUGCAAGAUUAAUGUGCUUGUCUUUGAUUUGGGUGGUGGCACUUUUGAUGUCUCUCUAUUAACAAUGGCGGAAGGUGGUGGUACCCUUGAGGCGAAAGCCGUUGCAGGUGACACUCAUUUGGGAGGUGAAGAUUUUGAUAGUCGUAUGGUGGAUCACUGUGCUCAGGAAUUCAAGAGGAGAUGGAAUAAGGACUUAACUGGUAACAAAAGAGCAUUGGGGAGGUUGAGAUGUGCUUGUGAGAAAGCAAAAAGGAUUCUCUCAUGCAAUUCUCAGACUUCAAUCGACUUAGAUUGCUUGCAUGAGGGGAUUGAUUUCUGUAUGAAGUUCAGUCGAGCUAAAUUUGAAGAGCUUAACAUUGGUUCCUUCUAUAAGUGCAUUGGGACUGUGGAGGCAUGUUUACGUGAUGCAAAGAUGGAGAAAUCGUGUGUAAAUGAGGUGAUUCUUGUUGGUGGGAAGGAGCUAUGCAAGAGUGUAAACCCUGAUGAAGCUGUUGCAUAUGGUGCAGCUGUUAUGGCUGCAAAGUUAACUGGUAAGAAUGAUAAGAGCUGUCAGGAUUUGAUGUUAUUGGAUGUCACUCCUUUGUCCCUUGGUGUGGGAGUAUUAGGAGACAUAUUUGAUGUUGUUAUCCCAAGGAACACUCCAAUACCUACCAAGAAAUCUAAAAUAUAUAAUACAUCCCGGGACAACCAACCUUGUGUAGAUGUUGAGGUGUAUCAAGGUGAACGAACAAGAUCUACAGAUAAUCAUUUGUUGGGGACCUUCAGAAUUUCUGGAAUACCACCGGGUCCAAAAGGAGAUGCAAAACUCGAGUAUUGUUUUGAAAUAGAUGCAAAUUGUAUCCUGACAGUGACAGCAAAGAUAUUAUCAACGGGUAAGACAGAGAAACUUACAAUUACUAAUGCAAAUGGGAGGCUCUGUAAGGAAGAGAUUGAAAAGAUGAUGGAAGAUGCUGUCAAGUACAAACAGGAGGAUCAAGAAUACAGGAAGAGAGCAGAUGCAUUCAAUGCGCUAGAGGAAUGCAUAUACAACAUGAAGAAUAAGAUCAAAAAUAUGGAGAAUUGUAAGAGGUUGAAGAAAAUGAAGCGUGGAAUUGCUGAUACGACCAAGUGGCUCGAGCAAAACCAAGCUGCACUGUUGAUGAGCUUCAUCGCAUGA